AAAAAAAAAAAAGCCCUACCUAGCAGCCUUCUUUAAUAUCUUAUUUUAUAGAACAAUUCACAAGUGCAAAGAAUGCUGGAGAGAAGGGACUAUGAAUGGAAGAUGGCUGACCAAUGAAUGUUUGUCAAACCAAUGGCAUACAAAGAUAAUAGCUGUCAAUAAAUAUGACUUUACAAUAUCUACUGUUUUGCAAUGUGUUUCCCCCCUUAAUAGUACCAGAAAUCUGUUUUUCAUGUUAUUAAAUAUUCUACCACUUAAUUUUCAGUGUCUGUAUAGUGUAGUCAUGCCUCACUUAAUGAAAGCUGUGUCAUUAGACAAUAUCAUACUCAUAUGAGCAUCACUGUACUGAAUACUAUAGGCAACUGUAACACAAUGGUAAGUAUUUGCAUAUCUAAACAUAGAAAAGGUAAUGCAUGCACUAGGACUUUAUGACAGCUACAGUGUCACUAAGAAGUAAGAAUUUUUUAGCUCCUUUAUAAUCUUAUGGGAUCGAUGUCAUAUAUGCGGUCUGUCAUUAAUCAAAACUUCGUUAUAUGAUGCAUGACUGUAUCCCACUUUAUGGCUAUACCAUAAUUAAUUUGAACAGUCUUCUUUCGCUUGGCAUUUAAGAUGUCCAAGUUUUACUAUUAUAAAUAAUGCAAUGAUGAACAUCCCUGUAGAUAGGUUUUUUUCCAGAUUCUUUUGACCUUUUCUUUCAUUUUGAUUCUGCUUUUUUUUUUAAAAAAAGAAAAUCUGCAAAUAGCAAUGACAUAAAUAAAUAAGCAGAUAAUUAGGCACCCGCUUUAACCAGAGCCUGGGAAGAGGAAUUUUUAAUAACUCUGAUAACUUAGAUUAUAUCUGCAAGAUGCAAAAUACCUCACUGAUUGGGCAAAGUUGGAGAAACAAUUGGUAAAUUCAGAGACAGGGUAGGGAGGAGGGAAGUGACCCACUUUCUGAUUAAAUCAAUUUAAUCAGUUUAGUUAAAAUAGAUUAAUGUCUUUUUCAGGCCUGGCUAAGGGGAUCUAGAAGUUUGCAGAUAUGUUAAUUUUCAGAAUCCCUCCUGCCUGAAAAUAUAGUUUCCCCUGGCAUUUGUGUUUCUUUUUGUACAAAGGUUGUCAAAUGGGAGUGGGAAGGUAGUAUAUCUCAUAGCUCAUCUGUCAUAAAACAUUGCUAUGCAGGCAUGGCAAGGUUGAAAGCCUGGCAUCCAUGCUAGCUAAAAGCAGAGAUUGCAAAGAAGUUUGGUCUCCAGGGGAGUAAAAGGGGAAAUGCUGUCACGUGCUCCCCUCCUGCCACCAUUGGUGUGGGAUUUGGUAGGGGGAUUACUGACCCUUUCCCUUGCUUGAGAAUAAUGGGUCAGCAAGUUAAGAAUAGGGCAGAGAGUUCUGGAACUUGCUAAGAACAUUACCUCUGGUAGCAGGCUUUAAAUGUCAGUGCUUUUUCUAAUGUACACUAGGAGUAUUAAUUGAGAAGCUGGCCCAUAUGCUUCAACUAUAUCCAACUAUAUAUAUUUUUUAAUGUUGCAAAAUAAGGUUAACUUUUAUGGGGAAUAUUUUAUGCCCUGCUUUCUGUUAUCUGCCAGACAAAUUGAGGGUGAUGGAAAACUGAUGGGUGAUGAAGAUAAAAGAGCGAUGUUGACCUUUUGGUAAAUCAUUGAUCAUACUGCUUCAUCUGUGUCCUGGGAAUACCUGCCUGCUUAGACCUUAUGUAAAAGCUCUGUGCAUCCUGCCACUGAGGACUCCGAAGAGGCAGCAGUCUUCUGAAAGACUUCAGCUGUGAGGACAUGUCGUUCAGAUUUGGCCAACAUCUCAUCAAGCCCUCUGUGGUGUUUCUCAAAACAGAACUGUCCUUCGCUCUUGUGAAUAGGAAACCUGUGGUACCAGGACAUGUCCUCGUGUGUCCGCUGCGGCCAGUGGAGCGCUUCCGCGACCUGCGACCUGAUGAAGUGGCUGAUUUGUUUCAGGUGACCCAGAGAGUCGGGACAGUGGUGGAAAAACAUUUCCACGGGACCUCUCUCACCUUUUCCAUGCAGGAUGGCCCCGAAGCUGGACAGACUGUGAAGUUCCUGGGCCUCUGUGCUCAUGGAAGAGGAAUUGAAGAAGAACCUGCCAAUGAUUUCCACCUUGUGAGCUCAAAGCCAAAAGGAAAAGGCAUAUACCCAGGCUCUCAGAGCACGUUCACGUCCAUGUUCUUCCCAGGAAGGCUGGAGACUUUCACAGGAAUGACAGCAUCUAUGAGAAGCUCCAGAAACAUGACAAGGAAGAGGAGGACUCCCCAGUCUCUUGGAGAUCAGAGGAGGAAAUGGCAGAAGAAGCUGCAGCUCUGCGGGUCUACUUUCAGUGACACAGAUCCUGAAUUCCAGCAAAAGAGCUAAUGCCAACCAGUUUGAAGAUCCCCCUCCCCAUGAGGAACUGAAUCAGCAUGAAAACGCAGUUUCUUCAUCUCACCAUCCUGUGACUUCAUCCAAUAUUCUUCAGUGAUCCCCUACCUCGGUCACUCCAACCCCCUUAAAAUACCUAAGACCUAAACGGCUCAGACAGGCAGAUUUGAGGUUUUCCCGUGUCUCCUUAUUCAGCAGCCUUAUGAUUAAACUUCCUUCUCUGCUGCAA